CCCAGGAGGAGGAUCGAUGCCACGCUAAAGUGGAGCAAAAUGUGACAAAUCCACGCUGGAGGUGUUGAUGGCGGAGUGGACACCGGCGCUGGAGGAGUUAGAGCGGGACUCCUUGGAGCCUCUGGCCGCUGCUGGAUCAAAAUGCUGAUCGUGGAGAAGACCACGGACUUUCCCUGUGCCGAGUUCUCUCUGGUGGAGGAUGUAGCGCUUCACUUCACCUGUUUGAUGGACAGGCUCAACGAGCAGCGCCUCUUCCAGCCCGACCUGUGCGACGUGGACAUCGUGCUGGUUCGCCAGCACAGCACCUUCCCCGCCCACAAGGGGGUGCUGGCGGCCUACAGUCCUUUCUUCCACUCGCUCUUCGCUCAAAGCAAGCAGCUGCGCCGCGUGGACCUGUCGCUGGACGCGCUGACGUCGCAGGGCCUGCAGCAGGUGCUCAACUUCAUCUACACCUCCAAGCUGCUGGUCAGCAGCCGCACCGUGGGCGACGUGCUCAACGCCGCCACCUUGCUUCAAAUGAGCGACAUCGCCACCUCCUGCAGGGAUCUCAUCAGCAGCCGCUCGCUGAGGGGCGCCGACAUGGCCGACCAGGAGGCGCUGGCUGGCGCUGAGACCACCGCACCCCCUGGGCGGCUUUACCGGGACGUCAAGCAGGAGUCGGGCCCGGGUGGGCGCUACACCCGGGAGGGUGGCGCCUCCAUUUCUGUCAGCGUGGAGGAGGCGGGCAGGGCUUCGCCACCAAAGCAGUUUUAUCAGAGGGAAGAGGGGGCAGGGGGCGGGGCUAGUGGGGGGCGGUUGGAAGAGUCGAAGACCUUCAACAGAGAUCAGAUCAUCGUUGAGGUCAACCUCAACAACCAGACGCUCAACGUGUCCAAGGGGUCGGAGGGCAGCGAGGAGGCCAUCUUUUGUGGUUGCCACGGCGAUAGAUCCCCAGAAGAUGACCUGAAGGAGGAAGACAUGUUGGAGCAGAGCACUGAAGAUGAUGAUGAGGAGGAGGAGGAAGAAGAGAAUAUGACCGAGCGACCUCACCGGGGGGCCACCAGGGCGCUGGCCGUGGCGGUGACGCUCGCCGAGGCCACGCUGGCCAACCGCCGCCAUCUCGGCGAUGCCAGGAUGGCGGCCGAGUCGGAGGGCGGCGGCCCCAAAGUGAGGCUGGAGGAGAAGCAGCACUUCCCCUGUAAGAAAUGCCCCCGCGUCUUCAACAACCGCUGGUACCUGGAGAAGCACAUGAGCGUCACGCAUGGCCGCCUGCACGUCUGCAACCACUGCGGCAAGAAGUUCCUGCUGGAGGCCGACAUGCUCCUGCACCAGCAGACCGACUGCGAGAAGAGCAUCCAGUGUGCCGCGUGCGGAAAGGCCUUCAAGAAGCUGUGGUCGCUUCACGAGCACAACAAGGUCGUCCACGGCUACGCCGAGAAGAAGUUCUCCUGCGAGAUCUGCGACAAGAAGUUCUACACCAUGGCCCACGUCAGGAAGCACAUGGUUGCACACACAAAGGACAUGCCGUUCACCUGCGAGACGUGCGGGAAGUCGUUCAAGCGCAGCAUGUCCUUAAAGGUCCACUCCUUGCAGCAUUCCGGAGAGAAACCCUUCCAGUGUGAGAACUGCAGCGAGCGCUUCCAGUACAAAUACCAGCUGCGCUCGCACAUGAGCAUCCACAUCGGACACAAGCAGUUCAUGUGCCAGUGGUGCGGCAAGGACUUCAACAUGAAGCAGUACUUUGACGAACACAUGAAGACGCACACUGGUGAGAAACCGUACAUCUGUGAGAUCUGCGGGAAGAGCUUCACGAGCCGGCCCAACAUGAAGCGUCACCGGCGCACGCACACGGGCGAGAAGCCGUACCCGUGCGAGGUGUGCGGCCAGCGCUUCCGCUUCUCCAACAUGCUGAAGGCGCACAAGGAGAAGUGCUUCCGGCUUAGCCAGCCGGCCGAGGACUCGUGCGGCCAGGUUCUUUCCGCGUCCGCCGCCUCCCGCGCCCCCCAUCCGCACCCCUCGGGGGGGCUGCCUCCCUCCACGCCCCCCGUCUUCUCCGCUGCAUCAUCUCAUCGCUCACGGAUCUCACCUGAAGAAAAGGUUUCUCUUCACCCUCCGUGGGCGCUCCCGGUGCGUGCCGGCGAUAUUAACCAAAUCUGACGCCAUCGCUAAUAACCAAACCUUGUGGACUCACAUGCUAAAAAGUUAGCAUUAUAAUCCAAGCGGCACCUUACAUUGAACUCCAUCGUGACAUCAGCGGCAUGUACUCCAAAUCGUCUCCAUUUUUACAAACGUGUGUGUGUGCACUUUGGUGUCGUGUGGUUUUCUCAACAGACUCAACAGCGCCUCUGCUGGUGGCCGCCAAGCAGCGCACUCAUGUAUCCAUUUCAUAGACCUUAUCAACCAUCAGUGAAUGGAUUGUUUCUAAGCUAACCAGAAAUGUGCGCCACAUAACCCCAACAAUUCAGCUUGGAGUGGAAAGUAGAAAUCCAAGAUGGCGGACUCCACUACAUGGCGACGUAAUGGCUCUGCGUUUGUAAAGUAGAACACACGCAGUAUUUGCACUUGACUUGUCACUAAUCUACUGCAGUAGAUGAACGACAAUCAAAUAUUGGUAGGUGAAACCUCUCCAAAUGUAUUACAUCCGAAUAUUUGGCAUUCAUGUGCGUUUCAUGCUAGCAGCUAGUUAGCUUAGCCUUCCCAUUAUCAUCAUUUCUUCUGAGAUACACAGCUGUUGUUGUUAACACGUAACAUUACCUAUGUUAAAUAGUAAAUACAACCAUAUCAUGGCGCUGAGAAGCUAUUUAGCAUGGUUAUAUGAUUAGCAAACCAAAUGAGACAAUUAAAACAUUGAACAUUUGAAAGGUUGUUAAGCUAGCCAAAGCUAGCCAAAACUAGCCGCUAGCAUGAAACGUGCUUAUCCAAAGUUUUGUCAUCUGGGCGCUUCUCCCGCUAGCCUAUUUGUGUAGAAUUCCAAAUGUAAAUAUUAUUACAUUUAACCGCUAGAUGGAUUUUUCUUUCUUAGCAAUGUGAAAAAAGGUUUCAUGUCCAAGACGAAGCACUUUGGUGAGUCUUUAGCUUCCAUCUUUUUUUUUCUUGUGUUUUGUACUUUACUUUGCUGCUUUUAUACUACAGGGUCCGUUUUAACACGACCCUUUAAAUCAAAGUCCAGACAAAGCUAACAAAAUGAUUGAAAUUUAGCCUUACUGGACAUUAACUAGCACGUUAAACACUUUAAUCAGGCAUCUCUGGAGAUGUUAUUAAUAUCUUCGCUGACUGGGGAGUUCAUUUUAUUUUACGACAUAGAAAUAGAAUGUUGCCAUCUAGUGGCCAUCUAUUAAAUUGCACACAGUCUGCUGUAAUUCUACUUGGAGAAAAGAAAGCCUUUGAGAUUAUGAUGGGGGGGGUGUAAUUGUGAGGGAAAGAGGGAAACAAAAUUAGUUGUAAUGUAUGAAAAAGAAAUGAAGUUUGUGUACAAAAGGAUACAAUAUCAUAAUUUUACCAGAUGAGUCAUAAUAUUUUCAAAAGGAAUUAAGUUUGUGUCCAAAAAAUGUCUGAAGGUCAUGAGAGAAAUGUCAUUUUACAAGACAAAAAUGUCAGGUUAAAAAAAGUAGCCCUUUUACAAGAAAAAAGACAUUUUAAAUGAGAAAGUGGUAAUUUUUAUAAGGUCAACUUUUGGCAAACAGCAAAAUGCUAGUUCUUGGCACUACUGUCUACUGAUGGAUGCACUUUGAAUGGCGUGGCCACGCCCACUUUUACAUGCAAAUUGUCAAGCAGUGUGAGCUGCUUUCUAUUUCCGUGCAUUCCAAUGUUGCUGACUAGGGUUUGAUUCCCGAGUGCCACCUCGGCGUGACACUGUUGGUUUGCCGUUUGGGUCAAACCACUUUCACUCCAACGUGUGGAAGGUGUCAACGGCCAACUUGGUAGACGAUAUUAUUAAUCACCAUGAGCACUUUAUUAUUCUUGUUUGAUAGCAAUCAUUUGAUGAGGGAAAUAAGUUAUAUAUCACCUAUGGCAACGUAUUUCCUCAAAUAGUGGCCUCCACUCUAAUAGACGCUGUGUCUCUUCUUUAGAAUACACUUUGUUUUACUUCCUAUUUUGCCAUACAAAUCAUUAUAGUUUUAACAUAGGAAAAUGCAGUGAAAAUCUUUUUUUUAAUAUAUAUAUACGUAUAUAUUAAGGACCGGUACUCUGCAGUUGAGUAAAUAGUGGUGUGCUUCAACCAUUUCCCACGUGUAUCAUAUAAAAUAUGAUUGUAUGACAUGACAUGGAGAAUAUAUUGUAUAUAUGUCUGCUUUUAUUGAGGCUGCAAGAUAUACGGCGCACAUUUACGAUGCUAUAUAUUUGAAUGUGGUGGUGUUCCAACGCUAAGUGGCAGUAAAGCAAAGAGAAAGGGACGUUUUGCACACUUUUUCUUCCUUUUUAUGUCUUUGAAUCAGCGCCACGCUCCUUGUUAGCGAGGCUGGCAGCCAGCGCCUCCUCCUGUUGGUUUGGUUAAGGUGGACCCGCCCUUGUCCUUGUAAGCCCAAGUCAUCCAAAGCAUGCAAAUGGUGGAGGAAGGCACAGGGGGACGACUUUGGGCCUUGCUGCUUAUUGACGUCAACGUUCCUUUUUUUUUUUUUUUAAAUCCCCCUAAGGUUGAUUCGUGCUAGCCCUUUAGCACACGAGGGCUAACUACUACUUCCAAUAAUAAUAAUAAUAACAUAAUGUUGAAUUUCUGAUCAUGUAAACACAUGACUAGAAUGUGUCCAAUAGUUGUAGUACGUGGUGUACAGAGACCCCACGGUAUACUCCAAAAGACAAUAGUGUCUCGAGGUGCUAAUACGAUUCUAGAGUGUACUUCUGUCCUUUUAUGGUGUUAUUGACCUAGCGUGUAGCGUCUGUAACGGCAGCCCGGCCUCAUUUCAACAUUAAACACGAGAGCUAUAUUCAUGCAGAUUCAACUGUCUUGUUGUUUUUUGAUCAUUUGUAUUUUAUUUUAUUGCAGUGCAAAAAAGUACCAUGGAAUAAAACCUAUAGAAUGAUUCAAAGACAAAAGCAAAAGAAAACUCCAAAAGGGCACAUUAGGGGUGUCACAAGUCACCCAGUUGCACUCUGUGCGUAUGCUAGAGACCCCGCCUGUGUGACUGACAAAAGGGCUCACUCUGUUCAUGCCGUUGUUCAGGUGCUGAAAGCAAUGCACAGAGCGAAGCCUCCUCCUGUCCGUCAGGAGGCGGGAGACGAGGACGGCUGACACGAGUGCUCAUGGCAACGUAUUCAGGUGGGUAGAACGAUGAUGUUUGUUUUCAUUGAUUUCAUUUGUCAUCCCAGGCCUGGUGCCCCCCUGAGAGCUUCUCAUCUAGGGAGACCCUGUGACACCCCUCGUGCUCCUGAACUAUAACAGUACGACUCCAUCGUCUUGUCCUUCCUACAUCUUGUUUAGUCGCAGCGUGUUGAGCCGGACCCCCAGAAUCGUGGCGCCUGCGGCGUAUGGGAUCUCUCUGAGGAUCCCAUUCCACUUCUUGUCCUCUUCGUUGUACCUGCAUCGUACAAAAGCAGUAAUCCGUCAAUCAAACGUGUCCUAAGAAAGACACAGUGGAUAAUAAUAAUUUUCCACACAGGAACACAUCUUAUGUCCAAGAGUGAAGAAUCGGCCCCCACCUCCAGACGUCGUUCAUCUCUUUGGGAAUAACGUCCUCGCUGUCCUCCAAAGGCAUCAUGGCAAAACCUCCCACGGCGUACAGCAAGCCCGCCAAAGACACCAAGUUCAGGGAGCUACGUUCUUGGGGGAACGUCUCAAAGUCGGACCACCUGCGGAAUGCAUCGCAUCGUGUAUCGUACCAGUUCCUAGCGCCAUGUUUUAGAGGGACUCACUUGUUGGUGGCGAUGUCGUAGACCUCCACCGAGUCCGUCAAGCCCGUGUCGGUGACGCCUCCUGCCACGUAGAUUUUGUUGUCGUGAACGGUGGCUCCAAAAAGCGAGCGAGCGGUCUUCAUGGGGGACAGCUCCUUCCAUUCGAACCUCCUGGCGUCGUACGCGUAGAUCUUCCUCAAGCAGCUCCUUUUCACGUCAGAAGAGACAGGGAGUAAGUAUUUAGCUUUAGAUCUGUGAUGCCGUCUUACUCACUUGUCGUCUCCUUUUCCUCCAAUGACGUAAACCACAUCCUUGUGGGACACCGUGGCAUGUCCGUAGACCGCAUGUGGAACUGGAUCGGACUCGCCCCAUUUGAAAGACCUACCAACAAGAACCCACUUGCAGUUUGUUCUUGCGAUGCAGCCUUUCCUCAAUGAAGAGGACUUACUGUCUGUCGUAGACCAGAACCGAGUCCAGGGUGUGCUCCUGAUCCUUCACUUCCCGCCCUCCCAGCACAAAGAUGGAGUUCUCGGCCUCACCCAGACCAAACAGGAAGCGGGGAGACGGGAGCGGUGGCAUUCCGAGCCAGUCGGCACUCAGCGGGUCAUACUGAAGACACAUGAGACCAGUAUUAGACAUCUCCUGCAGGACACCUUCAUGAUCCUCCGGCUAGUUCCUACUGGAACAGACAGGACCGUCUCCACGGAGUUCCCACAAACAUCCGCCCAAUGAUGCGGUCUCAGGGACAACUAUGGGGUCUGGACCAAGUUCUUUUGCUGACUCACCUGCAGGAAGUAAGAGCAGAGUGGGUUCUCCUUGUUCUGCUCAUCCACAAACAAUCCUCCAGCCACAAAGAUCUGGUUCUCCUUGGUGACCAGGCUGACAUGGUUCUUGGGAACUUGCAUGGACACGGACGCCAUGAAGCAGUCGUUACCCGCCGGGUCGUAAGCGACCGCUCCCGAGUCAUUGACCAUCAGGAUCAAGUCCCGCAUGAACAUACCGAAGCGCAUGUUGUCAUUGAGGAUGCUCGGGAGAAGAUUCUCCUCCUCCUCGUUGUCUGCUCCACCGUCCUCCACCUUCUUCUCCUUCUUGGAUUUCACCUCAGGCAUCUUCCCAGCCCGAGCAUCUCUGACCAUCUGGAGCUUCUUCUGGAGUUCUGGAUUGGACGAGAUCAGUUUGUGCUUCUCCACCUUCUCUCUCAGGUAGUCCUCGUUGACCAGACGCAAGCGAACACAAUCCAGCAACCCCGACAAGGUCUUCUCUCUGUCCUCCAAGUCCCGGGUCACCCAGUUCAUCAACGCCUCAAACACGGCCUCCUCUGCGUCCACGUUGAGAUUGUCAUUGGCCAAAAUGGCCGCCAGCUCGCUGGGCUGAAGCUGCAGGAACUCCUCGUCCCUGGAGAUGAGCUGGAAGCGCUCACAGGCGUAGUUCCGGGCGGACACGGCCAGCCUGGGACAGUCCAGCAUCAAGCCCAGCCUGAAGAUGGCCAAGCAGUUGCUGAGGCUCAGGCGCUUCUGCAGGAACGACACGCACACGGUGAAGAUGGAGGGGAUCUGGUACAGGUUCGCCACAGCGAAGAUGUCCUGAACAUUCUGCUCUGUCACGUUAAUUUUGGAGGUGUACAGGUACUUGAGGAUCAGUCCCAUGACGCCCGGCUCCACGUCCUCCAAGAUGAUCUCCCUCUUUUUGUGCUCGUCCAAGUCCGACAGGAAGAUGGAGCGGAAAUAGGAGCUGCAGGCGCACAGGACCAGGCGGUGGCAGGGGAACUCCUUGUCUUUGAUCUUCAGGACGCAGUCCACCAGCUUGUCGCUCUCCAGGAGGUCGUACAGGCCGUCCUGGAGGAGCGUCUGCUGGUACAUCCUGGGCUCGUCCAUGGGGUUGAUCGGCAGAGCCAUUCUUCCUGGCUGGAUCAGAUCCUUCCCAGGUCUUCCAGCCCAACCGAAGCAGGACAGAAGAGGACGAAGCAGCGCGGUCACACCAACUGAUCCUGUCCACUCCCUCAGCUGUCCCCACCUUUCAACUUCACCCCAACUGGCAGGGUAUUUAUAGCCGUCCACGCUAGCCGCUUUCUAGAACAUUACUGCCCUCCCCCCACCUCAAUCUCCGCCCACUGCCCCCCGUUAGACCUGCCCCCCACCCAGGCAGCUGACGCAUGUCUUCAUUGGCCGGAAAUAGACUGGAUAGAUGCCGCCCUCCUCUUAGUCAUCAUACCAACACGGUGCUAUUGUCUUGUAUUGCUUCUCUAAUAUUCAUGUUUGUUUACCUUUUAGUUGGUCUCACCUGAGGUGCAAAAUGUAAGAAACAGCACGACGACAAGAAUAAACAUGUUCAAUGAUUACCACAUUGACGCGGAUAUAACACGCUGCUUUCUCUUCAGAAAAGAGAGAAAUUUAUACCAACAGGUGGCACUUCCCCAAGAGAGUCGGAGCUUUUCCUCCAGGCACUCACUCACACAGGUGAUGACCUGCUGGACAAAGUGUCUCAAAGUCAUCAACAGCGAUGGGUUGAGCCGGAGUGGCGGCGGACGCGGCCGGGACAGUCGGAAUUUCAGCAGGAAGCGGCUGCACAGGAGGAGGAGGAGGAGGAAGAGGAUCAUCGACGAGAGCCUGCCGCCUCUCCCGCUCCUUGAUGACUUGAAUGAGGCAACCUAGGAGCGUCACCUUUGAGCAGCAGACGCUUGGCCACCAACUUGGCAAAGUCCAAGCUGUUCAACGCCAGCGUGUUGUACAGAACAAUGCUCCAGAAGUUGAAGAUGUUGAAGACGGCUCGGAUGCGGCGGGACAUGGCCUCGGACAUCGCCGUCUUUAAAGGAAAGGCAACCAAUUAGGAACCAACGGUUUGACUUCAAGGCUCUUUCCGUACAUUACACCGGGGGUUGCAUUUUGUGCCGCAAGGCAUGCUGGGAAGCCACUCCAAGCAAUGCUGUGUAAGCCAGGUCUGUGGCAGCAAGGCGCAGGCAAAGACACCCGUCUCCUGAAGAUGGCAUCAGUUGUAUUUUUAAUUAUUUUUUGUGGAAUACCUCAUGCAGCCCGGCCGCACACAGACUUCCUGUUGAAAGAAAAAGCCACGAUCAAGCAGUUGCUUCCGAACCUCAAAAGACACAAACGGCUCCAUGGAGAAGAACUUGGCGGCCCACAGCUCAAAGUUGAGUCCAAAGCAGUUGAAGAAGGCCCAGAUGAGGACCACCUUGCUGGGCCCCAGCCACAGGAUGGUGACGCCGUACGUGCACAGCGUGGCCAGCAGCUCCUCCAGCACGCUGUCGUGCUUCCCCCCCAGGCGAUCGUACACGUACCUUUUAUGAGAAGGCACACCAGGGUUAUGACCAGAAGGUGAGCUCCACCCCUCCCCGGGAAGGACACCUACUUGCACAACCAGUCGUUGAUUCCUCUGUCGAAGUGCCUGUGAGAGGAGAUGAAGAUUGAAGCGUCUGGCGUGCGUGCAGAGAACUCGCACUCGUGUGGGGACUCACGUUUCUGCAAAGACGUAAAGCAUCGUGAUGCACUUUGGGGGCUUGGGCGGGUCCAGAUGAUCCAGUCUGGACACGGUGUUGAUGAUCCCAAACAUGACGGCCGCUUUUACCCAGUCAUAGAGCAGGUUGAACAACGGCGACCCACCCAGAGCCCAGUCAGAGAGGUGCUUGAGGAGCUUCAUGUCGCUGGGGAUGCUGAGGAUGUACAUGAAGUGGAAGAGGAGGUCCACCAGGAGGAUGACGGCCAGGCACCUGAGGAGCCAGCAUGGAGCACAGCUUGGCGAACAGGACAUGUCCCGACAGAGCGAACAGGAUGUGAGCCCGGAAAGUCCAGAUCCACAUGGCCCACUCGGAAUCACCCGUGUCCUGUCAGUCAAAACAACAACCCUGGUGACGGGAAAUAAAGUCCAUGCCAACAAUAACAACAACAAUAACAACCACGGCUGAUGCUGACGCUGCUGACUUCCAUUUGGGAAUUGUUGCUCAGGUGACAUUAACGUUCCCCAGAGAACACCCUCCCACACGGACCCUUAACCUGCACUUCAGACAUGACAAAAGAUAAUAGAAAGACAGCAAGUAUACAUUUCUUUCAUUGGGGUUACGUAUGCCCUUUUAACGGUAAAAACUGACUCCAGAUCACUCCUUCUUGCUGGUCUCCUGUCCUUCAAAAAUGGGGUACUUGGCCUCCAGCUGGGGCCAGGUAGAGGUGCCGUUUGCCAGCCCCAAAAUCAGGCCAGGUAAGGCAUCCACCUGCAGAACGAUGGGAGUCAUUAAUCAAUAACGCAGCAUCUCUGAUGGUCAUUCAUCUCGUCAUCGCAGGCCGUACCUCCACGCGGAUCUGCCUCAUGGAGUCGCGGUCCCUCAGGGUGGCGGUGUGCGGCGUCUUGUUCACCGUGUCAAAGUCGAUGGUGAUGCCGAAGGCCACGCCGAUCUCGUCGGAUCGGGCGUAGCGCCUCCCGAUGGAUCCCGAGGAGUCGUCCACCUUGUGGGAGACGCCGUUCCUGGUCAGCGCCUCGGCUGAGAGCAAAGACAGACUUCACAGGUAAAGCAGUGCUGGCUCUGAGACCGCGACACAGAGAUCGGCGAAGGUGGACUCACACAGCUGUUUGACGAAAGGCGUGAACUCCUGGUUUGGGCUGAGAGGAAGGAUGCAGCAUUUGUACGGCGAAACGGUGGCGGGGAAACUGAAAUACUGGCAAGGAAAGAGUUGUGACAUCUCAUGCCAACAAUCUGCAGCCGUGCUCGGGGGGAAAAGAAGACGCUCGCGGGACUCACCGUCCUCUGUUCAUCCCCUUGCCGCGUGUGGAAGGAGUGCUCGAAGAUGGAGUACAUGAUUCUGCCGAUGCCGAAGGAGGGCUCGAUGACGUUGGGAACGAUCUCCUCCACUGUGGGAACACGCCAUGGUUUAAUCACCAGUACACACUCCUGGUCUACUCAAUGGCUGCUUUUACCAUGCAGCGUUUUCUGGAACCUCUUCACAGCCACCAUGUCUUUGGAAAGCUUGAAGCUUUUGCCCUCUGUCGUCACGCUGAACUCCCUAAACAACACAGCAACGCUAGGCUUAAUCACAUCCACCACAUCUGAGGUAUCUAUCCAUCACAUGAUGGAUACGAGGACUGGAGGACCAAACGCACAGCAGCUCCCUUAAACACACCUUGUUAUGUACAUGCCUCGUUUACACUUGCAUCACGUCGUGCUAAGGCGUUUCCCCGUACAGCAGCCACGACUCACCCGCGCUCCUUCAGAAGCUUUUCCUGCUCGCUGAUGAAGCACUCGUCGCACACCUCCAGGAACUCGAAGAUCAGCUUGGCGUCCUUCUUGUACGCCGCUCCGAUGGCGCCCCUGUUGGGCUCGAACUUGACGAUGUUGACCACCUUGUGUGACCGCGUUAAGGAAUGAACAAACACAGAUGCUCAUCAGGCUGCUUGGUGAUGGGAUAAUCUCCCUCUGAAUGUGCUGAACUCCUGUUUCCAGCGUUCUCUGCCAGGAUAUGGGUUCCUUCAGGGGCUUCUCCGCCACAAGCGGCACCUUGGUGGCUCUGGAGUGACACGACAGGUCGUAGCACGAGCGGUCAGCGCAUCCCACGAUCUCGAUCCAACCCUGAAGACCACCCAGACAAGCGCAUGAACGCACCACUCGCAUGAGCGCCUGUGGCUCCGGGUCAAGGACAACUCACAUAGGAGGUUUUGGACUCUGCAUCCCAGCAGUCGCAGGCGUAGUGAGCCAUCUCGUUCUCCAUGUGCUGACGGAAGCGCACUUUGUCUUUGGAGAGUCCAACUUUGAGCAGAUACAAGUAGAUCCUCCCGAUGAAGUAGCCCAGCACGGAGUUGUUGAUGAUGCCCUACGUCACGACAGCGAUAUUAAACGCAUCAUAAAGUCCGAGCAGCUUUAGAAGAUCCUCACUCCUGUCCUACCUGCUCCACAGCAUGGCCCAGCCUCAUGACCUCAGCAGGCCGGCCGCUGGUCUGAGCCUUGGAGGAGAACAACAAGAUCUCCAGGUCGGCCACGUUGGAGAACUUGGGGUGGACCUUCUCGUUGGGGUCCACAAAGUGCUCAAUCUCCGCCAUGGUGAACUCCCUGCAACGCACGGUUAAGUUGACUUAAGUCCACUCUCUUCCAGAUAUUCAUUCAUUCAGGUGACCCCCCCCCCCAACACACAAGUAGCUUUGGCGCCACCUGUUGGCCCUUUGGCCCGCCACAUUAUUUAAUGGGACAGUCAGUGUGGAGCGUGAUGUUCAACAUGGGAACUCUUCUUCCUAGCACACCCGCCUUGCCAGAGAGUGAGACAGGUAGCAGGAAGCAUCAGGGCGGCCAUCUUGGACACGUUGUUGCUCCCGCACCUUCCUGUCAAUCAAUCAAUUAAUCAAUCUGGCCUACCUGACGCGGAUGAGUCCGGAGCGAGGCGAGAUCUCGUUCCUGAAGGAGUUUCCUAUCUGAGCGGCACCAAAGGGGAGUUUUCCCUGGUUGAACUCCAGCAGACGCUUGAAGUUGAGGAACAUUCCCUGAGCCGUCUCAGGCCUCAGGUAUCUGCACAGCGACAAAACAAAGCAAAUUAGAAGAAAAUCUUUUGCUAGUCUCGUGGGACGUGAUUUGUCAUCAUGAGAAUGAACGAUAAUGUGAUGAUGAUGAUACCCUGGCGUGUUGCCUCCAGGCCCGAUGGAGGUCUGGAACAUGAGGUUGAAGGAGAUGGGAGGCGUGAGAUCAUUUCCUGUGGAGGGAGACUUGACGUUGUACUUGGCAAACAGUUCUCCCAGCUCCUUCUGGGUGUAGUUGUCCAUCUGAGACACACGCAGGGACAUGAUGAGGACAGGAGGACACCAUGUGACCAACGGCGGAGGCCGGGCUCACCUGAGUGAUGACGUCCUCCAUCUCUGCCACCUUCUCCGCCGGCAGAGCAUCGUCGGUCAUUUUCAUUUUCAAGUUGGCUGUGGACACAAGAGACAAAACCGAAAGAGAGCGUCAAUUCACCUGAUGUUCCUGAACGCAGCACCAACUGGGUAAGCCUCGUGCAAACUAUUUUGACACAACAAAAUAUGAUGGAAGUUGGCAAAAUGAAAGUUAUUUUCUGCCUCUUUUUGGUUGUUUGGUGCGUUUGCCCUUGUCUCCAUCGAUUGAGGCAAUAAAGUCGACGCACAGACGUUGUCUAUUGUAAUGAAGAUGCCGCUUCUACAUAAUAAAUCUGGUUUGUUCCAUCUAAAACCUGGCAAAGCGAGCGACACUCUCUGAAUGACAACGCUGCACCAGAAAAACCUGUUACCCUUUGACCCAAAAUUCCUGCCCUACUUUUUCUGGAGCCACAAUGUCCCUGGGGCGUGUAGAACCCCGUCAGGCACGUCAAAACAGUCAUUCUGUCUACUUAAUCCAUGCUGAAAAAUCAUCACCUUUAAGGAGAUGAUCAGCUCGGAAACAUUCCCCCGUCUUUGAGUCCUUCACCAUGUAGUCUGCAAAUUUAUCCACAUGUCCCGACGUCCUGGACACAUUCCAAAAGGAAGUCAGGACGUGGCAAAAUGUUUCUUCAAAAUGUUUGCUCUCACUUGAGGACCGGCUCGGGGGUCAGCAUGGUGCAGUCGAUCUCCAGGAUCUGCUCCUCCUGGAUGAAGUGCUGCCUCCACACCUGCAGGAUGUUGUUCUUCAGGGCGCACCCGACGGGGCCGAAGUCGUACAGGCCGCUCACCCCUGCACGCAAGUACACAUACGUUGCUCAUGCUGAGGAAGAACCCAUUCCGUGUUGGUGCAAAUCUGGUUAAAGAUGCCAUUUAAAGAUCUAAUUUCUAAGAUCUGUUGUUGCCAUUUGGAUAGAAAAACACACAAAACCUGCAAAGCACCCAAUGUUUGUUGACUUGUUGCCAUUUGUCCUGCCCCACAAUCAAAAAUGGUACAUUCCAGUGCUAGUAUGUCAUACUCUGUGAACCAGGAAGUAGCCUGCUAGCGUCCAAGUGCAUGCACACACACACAAAAAUCACUUUAGUCAACAGUUGCAGGUUUGCAUGCUAUGUUGUUCUCAUGCUAUCGUUUCCCGCUACCUCCAUAUAUGGCAAAGGCCUGAUCGUAGAAGAACCUCCUCUUCAAGGUGUCCUCCAUCUUCACCUUGUCCACGCUGUCAUCUUUGGGCUUCAAGGCCAGCUCCUGGCAGGUCACAGUGACGGAAAGAGAAAGUGAAAGCAAGAAAGAGGAAGGGGCUUCCCGGACGUGAAGCUGCAGCAGCGCAACUCCAACCUUUGCUUCCAGGGUUUUCUUGCGGGCUUUCAGCUCGGCGAGGGCGGUGUUGAGCUCCAACUCGGGGACGCCUUUCUCCUUCAGCCGGGCCACCAGAUCUCCCUGCAAGCAGAGGAACACAGGAGCCUCCAAUGUGUCGCAUGUAAGAUGCUAUUUGAGGAAGCAUACUGUGCAUACCUACAGCAGUAGAUGAUAGUUGCAUGAAGUUAUGUAUAGUCAUGUUCAAAUUAACUUUUCAUCAUCUUAGCUCACUUUUCUAGAAGCUGGAAGCAACCACUAAAGGCACCAUCAGUUAACACCACGACGUCCUUAGGUGGAACACUUGGCUAAAAGCAGCGACAACUUUUCAUUCCAAAACAAGUACCCAGAUGUCCCACCCAAAGGAAGUAGAAAAGUGGCCCACCUGCUCCCGCACAGCCGCCCGCAAAGGUGCCAAAGCUUCCUCCAUGGUGCCACGUAGAAGAGCCGCAAAGAGCGUUUGACAGGACAGGGAGUGUGCAGCCAGCAGCCAGCUGUGAGGAUGUUUGCUCCUCUUGGAGCUCCUUUUCACUCCCAGUGAGGAGGAGGAGGAAGAAAAAGAGAAGGGGAGGAGCCUGCUAGUGCAGGAAGGAAUGUCUGAAACCGAGGCUUUGUGUUGCAUCAGCCAGGAAGCAGACUGCAGCUGCAGGGGCGUAGCGCCACCACAUAUCCACUGUUUCAUUCAACAGAAAACACUUUAUUUACUUUUUAUGAUGCAUGAAAUGUAAAGUGUGUACUUCUUCUCCUGUGCUUCAGGUCAAUGCAGCCUGCCUUGUCCUUCAUGCCAAACUUUCACUCAUCAGGUAUGACUGCAGUUGUCUCACUCAAAACUUUUCACCACCUAUAAAAAGCACCACCCUGGGAUUUGAACUUGCAUGACUGCUUGGAAGCCCCGCCUUCCCGGGCUGUGAUUGGCUGGGGUUUCACUGCAUGUAAUGAGCGGGUGUGCUACUCCACCAACGUGGGCCUCUUCCGGGAAAUGAGAAAAAUGGCAGUAAACAAUAGUGAAAGUAUUUGUGUGAGUAAAAGUAAAACUUAAGGAUAAAAUCAGCAACGCACGAUUGGAGGAAAUAGUUGAUGCAGUGUUUCCCCACACUAUCUGUGGCGGGCCAUCAGAUACUGAUACUGCUUCUCAACGUACAGAUAUCAGUAAAUAUCUACUUUUUAAAAAUUUAGAUGUAAUUGUAGUUUGUGCAGAACUGGAAGUAAGAACUCUAACAAAUUAGGAGCAUGUGUACUGUAUUCAGGCACAUGCUCCGAGCAGCUGGUGUGAUGGAAUGGAGGUCUCAGGCAAACCUUUAGCGUUUUGCAAAUGCUGCAGUGCUGAUCAGCACCGAUGUACUGUGUUAGAACACCGUACAUCAGGUAUGUUGUGUGCUGCCGCAGAGGUCAUGUGACUUUUUACAAAUGAGACGAGCUCACAAGUUGUAGGCCGUGUCCAGCAAGCGCUGGAUGUUUUUUUAUUGAGUGUUAAAUAUCUCAGUCUGGAAUGGCAGAAUGGCGGCGGCGGCGGUCUCCACAACCUGCUUCCAGUUCGUCCCUUUAAAGCACGUGGUCGUGGUCUUACAUGGUUGAAAUGUAGCUCCCGUGCAGGCGUUUCCUUGGAGACGCUUCCCAAAGAUCCAUCCUGAACGAUGCGAAUGCAACAAAAGUCUGUGGGCCUUUUCCUGGAGAGGGAGGCAGUGAGCUUCACUCCUCCGCCGUGUCCUUCCUGCUGGUUUCCUGUCCUUCAAAGAUGGGAUACUUGCUCUCCACUUCCGCCCAGGUCAGCGUGCCGUUGGCCAGAUCUCGAACAAUCACAGGCAGCUUGCUCACCUGAAAGAGUCAGUCGUGUUAAGUCCUGAGGAAAAAAAGGCGGUAGUGACUCGUCGUAUUGGCCGUACCUCAGCCCGAAUCUGCCUCAUGGAGUCGCGGUCCCUCAGGGUGGCGGUGUGAGGCGUCUUGUUCACCGUAUCAAAGUCGAUGGUGAUGCCAAACGCCACGCCGAUUUCGUCCGUCCGGGCAUAGCGCCUCCCGAUGGAUCCAGAGGCGUCGUCCACCUUGUAGGACACGCCGUUUUUGGUCAUGGCUUCAGCUGCCAAACAGGAGGAGAGUUGCAUGUAAGAAAAAACAAAACAGUAGCACAUUGUCCCCGCGUCCAUGAAUGCAGCAUUGAUGUGCACUUACACAACUCUUUGACGAAAGGCAUGAAUUCCUGGUUUUGACUCAGAGGCAGAACGGAGCAUUUGUACGGAGCCACGGUCGCAGGGAAGCUGAAGAACUGUUGGCAAGGAAACAAGAUGGCGCAGGUAAGCGUCCCGUUCCUUCCUCACACGUUGACAUUAUUACUCACCGUUCUUUGCUCGUCUCCCUCCCUGAUGUGGAAGGUGUGCUCAAAGAUGGUGUACAUGAUCCUGCCGAUGCCGAACGAGGGCUCGAUGACGUUGGGGACCACUUCCUCCACUGAAGAGCACAAAGACGGGACAAAGUGUGAGCCGUGCUUCCCCGUACGUUGGCCCCCCCAUGAACACAUGAAUGGAGCUCGAAUGUUCUUCAAGCUCACCGUGCAGCGUCUUCUGGAAUCUCUUCACGCUGACCAUGUCUUUAGUGAGCUGGAAGGUCUUUCCCUCAGCCUCGAUGGUGAACUCUCUGUGGAGGUAAAAAGGUCAGAAAGGGGGACGACUACCUGGGACUUCAUCUUCGGCUCGUGUCCUCACCCGGCUUCGUCGAGGAGCUGCUCCUUUUCCGUGAUGAAGCUCUCAUCGCACGCAGCCAGAUACUCCAUGGCUAUCUUAGCCUCCUUCUUGUACGCCUUCCCGAUGGCUCCCUUGUUGGGUUCGAACUGGACCACAUUCAGGACUUUGUGUGACCACAUUAAGGAGUCCAACUAGCUCGCUCCUGGCCUACGCUGACCACGCCUGACCUUUUUGUAUUUAAGGAUAUGGCUUCUUUGAGCGGCUUCUCUGCAACCAGGGGCACCUUGGUGGCUUGGGCGUGGCAUUUCAGGUCGUAGCAAGAGCGGUCGGCGCAGCCUACGAUCUCAAUCCAACCCUGCCGGGGACAAACAGUAUGAGUUUCCUGGUGCAGCCCCCAUUAUCAGGCGAGUGACCACACCCUUCGAGGUAGCAACUCAUCUAAUGUUGAGACUUUUUGGCACGUGGUGCGGGUAACACUGCGACGGUCCGCUAACGUCCAACACGGCGAGGAGACGUACGUAAGAGGUUUUGGUUUCAGCGUCCCAGCAGUCACAGGCGUAGUGGGCCAUCUCGUUGUCCAUGUGUUGACGGAAACGCAGCUUGUCUUUGGCGAUGCCCACUUUUGUGAGAUAGAGGUAGAUCCUUCCGAUGAAGUAACCCAGGACGGAGUUAUUGAUCACACCCUGACGGAGCAAAGAGAAGGUGCUAUUAUUAUUAGCAUAUAUAGCAUAUAGGUGUGUGAAUGACAUAACUGCUUCCUACCUGCUCCACAGCAUCUCCAAGCCUCAUCAUCUGCGCCGACUGGCCGCUGGUCUGGGCUUUAGAGGAGUACAACAUGAUCUCCAAGUCGGCCACGUUGGAGAACUUGGGAUGGACCUUCUCGGCGGGGUCCACAAAGUGCUCGAUCUCAGCCAUGGUGAACUCUCUGCAGGGGGAUAGGAGGUGACGGCUGGUUUAGUUCCCGACAAAGUCCGAGCUCCAAGAAUGCUCUCACCUGACGCGGAUGAGUCCAGAGCGAGGCGAGAUCUCGUUCCUGAAGGAGUUUCCUAUCUGAGCAGCAGCGAAGGGGAGUUUCCCCUGGUUGAACUCCAGCAGACGCUUGAAGUUGAGGAAGAUUCCCUGAGCGGUUUCAGGCCUCAGAUAUCUACAGACCAAACCAACCGUCAGAAGAAAGCAACCAGCCAAACACUCCACGGGGUUCUUCUUGUCGUCCGUUUACCCUGGCAUGUUCCCUCCCGGCCCGAUGGAGGUCUGGAACAUGAGGUUGAAGGAGAUGGGAGGCGUGAGGUCGUUUCCUGUGGUGGGCGACUUGACCGCGUACUUGACAAAGAGGUCAGUCAGCUCUUGCUGGGUGAAGUUGUCCAUCUGAAAGUUCAACCAACAGGACCAUUCAACCGUUUACGGUAGAGAAGAAAAAUGAAAACGAUCACAAGGUAAUCAUCUCAUCCAUGGAGUGAAGACGCUCCAAACUUGCCGCACCUGUGUGAUGACUUCUUCCAUUUCAGCCUUCUUCUCCGCACCACACUUCUUAUCAGACAUCAACUUCUGGAGAUGCGCUACGGAACCAAACAUGCAAUGAAUCGUUUGUGGUGACCUGCAGCAACGCCAAGGCUUACCUUUGAGGAGGUGGUCAGCCCUGAAGCACUCUCCGUUCUUCACGUCUUUCACCAUGUAGUCUGCAAACUUGUCCACGUGCCCCGACGUCCUGGAGUCAAAGGAGGACAGCAACAAACCUGUUCACUCGCUUCCUAAAGAUGGCCGCUCUGAAACUAUGUAUCUGCAACCGGGCUAUGGAGGUCUGCAAGAGCGACAGCUUCCAUGCAUGAAAUUGCAGAGUCAAUGUGCGCCUGUCUUCAACGACCCCGAGUUCAGCACUUUGGAGCCGACUCCAGGAACCACCAGGCGCCAACAAGGAGACAAACGGCGAGCAUUGUCUGGCUUACUUGAGGACGGGCUCGGGGGUCAGCAUGGUGCAGUCGAUCUCCAGGAUCUGCUCCUCCUGGAUGAAGUGCUGCCUCCAGGCUUGCAGGAUGUUGUUCUUCAGGGCGCAGCCCACAGGGCCAAAAUCGUACAGGCCGCUCACCCCUGAGGAGCAUGACUGCAUGGUAACAGAGCGCUUAAAGACCACACAUUAAUCCACCCAUGUCUCUCCAGCGGGCGACAUCUUACCGCCAUAGAUGGCGAAGGCCUGAUCAUAGAAGAAACGCCUCUUGAGGGUGUCCUCCAUCUUUGUCCUGUCCACAAUGUCAUCUUUGGGUUGCAAGGACAGCUCCUGCAACAACACAUUUGUCUCAAUGAUCGAAUCACAACUGGACCAUGUAGUCCUACCUUGGCCUCCAAGUUCCUCUUCCUAGCUUUGAGCUCAGCUACAGCUUUAGUGACGUCCACAUCAGGGAGUCCAUCCUGCUUCAUCUGGCGAACCAAAUCUCCCUAAAACACACAGGAAGCUCCUCAAACACCUGCUUCGCCACCACACAGCAAUCAAGUUGGCCAAGGGAGCUUGAAGGGUCCCCUCCCUGCUCAAAAGCCCGCAUCACCAUCAGCAACGUGGCGAUGUCAGCUAGUGUUAGCAUGGAGCUAAGUGGCUUUACAGCUGCUUUUCAGCUUAGCAUAGCGAGUUGAUGGACGUUAUUUUAAACAUUAAAACCGACCUCGCCCCGAAAUGUCAACCAAAAUGAAUGUUUGACCUGUUCUUUGACUGCCAGUCUCAAAGGGGCGAGGAUCUCUUCAAUGUUGCCGUCCAUGGUGGUUUGUCCUUCUGCCAGCCGCUGCCACAAGCUCGUCUUCUUCUUCUUCUUGCAAAGGUGGGCCGACGUUGCAAAGGGCCGGUUCCGGAGCUGGGAGCGGAGCGACGGCCGAGCAGACCCGGGCAGUAGCAGCGAGCAGAGGGCGGGUAUGUCAGCGGUGGUUCUCAGUAGAGACGAAGCUGCGCCGCGAAGAAGAAGCAUGGAGGAAAAGAAUGAUGAAAUCCACCCGUUCAAGCCUUCCUGGUUCCUGGAAGGUGGCGCAAGACGUCAGAACCAAAGAUGCUCAUUUAGCGAUGCUGUUGCGUUUGCUACUUCCUGGCUCAUCGACCCAGAGUUGCACCAAAAGGUCGGACAUCUGGCCGUCUGUGGACAGACGACAUCGCGAGCGCCAACACCGUGUCAUGCAGCAAGCCGUCUGCCGCGCAAAGCCUCUUGGGACGUGUAGUCGUCUGUGUGCAGUCAUGUUCGCCAAGGAAUAACAACACGGUGAAGC